AUGGCUAACAAGAAUUUGAGCAUCUUCAUCCUCAUAGCAACACUAGUGGCUCAAGUUAGUUGGGUUAGAGCAACAGUGCAUUUAGUUGGAAGUCUUGAAGGAUGUCCACCUCCAUCAUGUCCUGGCGGAUGUCCAGGAGGAUGCCCCGGUGGAUGUCCUGGAGGAUGUCCCGGCGGAUGUCCUGGCGGAUGUCCAUGCGCUCCAUCAUGUCCUGACGGAUGUCCCGGUGGAUGUCCAGGAGGAUGCCCCGGUGGAUGUCCUGGUGGAUGUCCCGGCGGAUGUCCCGGUGGAUGUCCAGGAGGAUGCCCCGGUGGAUGUCCUGGAGGAUGUCCCGGCGGAUGUCCUGGCGGAUGUCCUGGAGGAUGUCCUGGCGGAUGUCCCGGUGGAUGUCCAGGAGGAUGCCCCGGUGGAUGUCCUGGAGGAUGUCCCGGCGGAUGUCCAUGCGCUCCAUCAUGUCCUGGAGGAUGUCCCGGUGGAUGUCCUGGAGGAUGUCCUGGCGGAUGUCCCGGCGGAUGUCCAUGCGCUCCAUCAUGUCCCGAUGCAAAGCCCGAUUGUCCUGCAAAGCCAGAAUGUCCUGCAAAGCCAUGA